AUGGACCCUCUCCAGGACCCUCUCCUUCUCCAGGCCGGCAUCACCACCCGCGCCAAAUUUCUGGAGGUCUAUGGCUUCCACUACGACGACAACACCGUGGAGUUACCUCCUUCAUCUGCCCACACCGGCAAUCAGGCCACCAUGGCUCACCAUGGUGAUUUCCACAGCCUGAUGGAAGGUGUGGAGAGCCGGGACCCCUGGCUCCAGACCUUCACUGACGGAGGCAUUGCCUUCUGGGAGGAGUAUGUCCUUCCUACCUUUGAGCAACCAAAGGUGAAGAUCAUCUGGGGCGAAGAGCCUCAAUACAGCGAUCUGGAGGAGGAGGUCUCGGUGGAGGAGACCGACUCUGAGGAGGAUCGUCGACCCGCCCGUUCGGCGUGGAAGAGACCUGUGGAGGCCAGCUGGCCUGCCUCUACAGGUUCUGUUGAAGCUCAGGGGAAACAGCCCUCUUCAGACGGUGUCCCCUACGCGGACUCGCCUGAAUGGCAGCAAGAUGAGGAUGGUGAGGAGUUUGAGGGCGACGACGAUGAGUACGAGCGUCCAGCCAGGCUCUCGGGCGCGCCUGCUCCCACCAUCUUCUCUCGCAAAGCAAGCGCCUGGUCUGAUGACGAGGAUGCUGCUUGCAUCAAGUUUAUGAAGGAGGUGUGCACCCUGGCACAGUACGCCGCCAUCGCCGGCACAGAGAAGCGCUUCGAGGUGGUCGCCGAUCGCAUGAAGCGUGAAGCUGGCUUCAACCGCACCGCUUCUGGUGUGAAGCUUCAGUGGAACCGCAGAUUGCGGGCUGCCUCGGGGUUCGAGGAUCGCGGUGAGAAGAAGCGGGCUUCUGGCCUCACCACCUCUGCUCUCAGCCAGGGUACCAAACGUGGCACCUCCGCUGUCACCUCUUUGGUUUCCAGCACUUCGAGAGGCAGGAAGUCUUCGGCAACUUCUGCUCAGUCCACUGAGACGAGCUCCCUCUCUGGCCGCAAGGGCAAGCGCAAGGCCACCUACAUCGACAGCGACGACGAGGUUGACGAUGAGGAUAUCGACUCUGCAUCUCGCCCUUAUCCUGCCAAACGUCCUCGCAUCGCCGCAGAGGCUUCUUCUUCCGCCCUGCCUUCGACUCAGGAUGUCGCCUACUACGACCUCUCCACCGCCAACAUCCUCUCUGGCCCAAGGGCAUCUCGCCACAGACCCGCCGCCAUCGCUCAAGCCACCACCACCGCCGCAACACCUCGCAGAUCCGCUCGUCAGCAGCCAAUCACUACCGUCAACGACGACGCCGAUGAUGAGGAGGACGAAGCACCCGAGCCCAACUACAACAGCCUGUCAUACUGGCAGGAGGUGCUCCGCAAGCGUCAAGCCAGAGUCGCCGAACAACGCGAGGAAUAUGAGCGUCAGCAGCAGCAGGAAGAGGAAGACGAUGACGAAGACGAAGAGCCCGUUGUCACCAUUGCCGACAGAGCCAGAAAGAGUCGCGAACUUCGCAAGCAAAAGACUUCUUCGACCACCGAACCUACUUCUACCACCAGAUCAUCAAGAGCUCCUCGUUUCGUCCUGUCUCCUAUCGCCGAAGAUGCCGAACAAACAGUCCACAUCACACCCGCUACAGCUGCUCAAAUCGCUGCCGACGAAGAAAUCGCAAGACAAAUGCAGGAAGAAUGGAACGAACAACCUACUCGUGCUCGUCGUGGUCGUGGCUUCAGAUGA